CAAUUGGAAUACAAUUCAAUGUGGCUGCGGUCUCAUAGAGACAACAACCAGCGUAAUGACCGAGAAGAAAUUACUGUUGUUUACCAUAUUUCUCUCUGGAAUGUGUGUGUUUGCUCGGAGCACGAGUAGCAAUUUUUCGUCGUCUGGUGAUCACAGUGGAGACGAGGCUGAGUAUCAAACCGUUGUAGUGACCAACUCGACUGAAUUACGAAAUGAAUCCGUCCUCAGUGACAGAUUGACUAACUCUUCAAAGUUUGACUUUUCUCUGAUCCACACGAAACGCCAGUGCGACGUGAAGCUCGAAGAAAUUAUGAUCCGUUAUCCCAACUGCUUGAGACAACGGGUAAAUGUGCGUGGCUGUGCAGGAUUUUGCACCUCGUCUGCAAUACCGAUCAUAAACGAUGAUCAACCUUACUAUGAGACCUCAUGCAAAUGUUGCAAAGCGACAGGAACUCGAGUGGGAAGAGUCUUUCUUAGAUGCAUUCGCAACUCUAAAUGGACAAAGACAAUAGCCCAUAUUGAAGGUGUACAGUCGUGUAAUUGUCGUCCUUGUUCUAGACUAAGUGACGAUCCAACUGCCGAUGUCUAGUACCCAACCGGCCAGAACUUGAUGUGUUGUUACAGUUAAAGUAUGACUAUGUUGCACUACUGACAGUUAGUGUAGCAAUGUACCUAAGCUCGAUCUUUGUGUC